AUGUCCAUCGCAGCCUCGUCAUCCCGUCUAUGGUCGCGCGUGAUGGCUGCCGGUCCAUCGACGUCUCGCUCGGCGCACUCAGCGGCCGGAGCAUCGCUAGGGGACCUCGCGCCAAUCAAGGGGUCCACGAAAGAUGCUAUUCGUUAUGGUCGUGGACAAGGGACGACGAAGGGCGGAACAUCAGGAAGAGGUCAUAAGGGCCAGAAAGCUCGGUCAGGGAAUGGAAAGCCCACACCUGGAUUCGAGGGAGGUCAGACUCCCAUGCACCGUCUAGUCCCCAAGAAGGGCUUCGUCAACUUUACCGCUCGCGAAUACGCUCCCCUCCCUCUAUCCCGCCUCCAGACCUACCUCAUGGAAGGCAAGCUCGACCCCUCCGAAACAAUAACGAUCGGCUCCAUCGUCCGCUCCAAUAUCAUACACGGUAUCUCUGGCUUCUCAGGGGUGAAGCUUCUCGGUCCACAUGACCCGGCAUUACCGCUCCCGCCAUUAAAGCUGGAAUUAUCGCGGUUCUCGAAAUCGGCGGCCGAGGUGGUCAAGGCGGCAGGAGGGGAGGUGUUGGCGGUGUACAAGAACAGGCUGGCGUUGCGGAAGGAGGUAUGGCCGGAGAAGGUGGAGGGGAAGGAUGCGCUGCCAGUCAGAAAGGCGGAUAUCAGAUAUUACUCCAACCCCAAGAAGCAUGGCUAUCUCGCACCUGGUGCUGCGCAGCCUGCUUCUGCCGAGUCUCCACCAUCAUAG